CGGACGCCUGCGCUGCCCACCCCCAGCCAUGCUCUGCUGUACUGUCACCUCUUAUCUCUCAAGGUCAGGAGCAGCUUCUGUGCAGCACGGGCUCUGCAGCGCUGCAUCACCUCUCCCCUAAGGGGGGAAAUCAAUAGGCUAAAGAGCUCUUCCAUAAUAUCCAGCGGAUCAGAUCCUCCGGGCUGUGAGUUACCGCGAUGCUGAGCUGUGCAUUGCUAAGCUGAGCAGCUACUGCAGCACUGAUGCACAAGGAGCAGAGCUCUGCAGACAGCAGGACCAGCAACACUGCAGAGCCGGCAGCAGCCACUGUCACCCCUCAGCCGGCAUCGCAGCCCGGACAGCCACCGCAGGGGUCACCCAUCAGCAGCAGGAGGAGGGCAGCAUGCCCCGGCUACAGGCGUACCCCGGGGACAGGGACACAUCCUCCCUCCUGCGCUGGGAUGAGGUCCCUGACGACUUCGUGGAGUGUUUCAUCCUAUCCGGCUACCGGCGGCUGCACCUGACUGCCCAGGAGUGCCUGGCCUCCAUCUUCCAGCCCACCAAUGAGACCCUCAAUUUCUGGACGCACUUCAUCCCCCUGGUGCUGUUCGUCAGCAAGUUCUACCAGCUGCUUUUCCUGUCCGGCGAGCUGCCCGCCCUGCACCCGGCGCUGCUGCCGCUCUGGUGCUACGCCUCGGGUGUGCUGCUGACAUUUGCCAUGAGCUGCGCUGCCCAUGUGUUCAGCUGCCGCUCGCUGCGCCUGCGUGCCGCCUUCUUCUUCCUGGACUACGCUUCUAUCAGCUACUACGGCUUCGCCAGUACCGUGGCGUACUCCUACUACCUGCUGCCCGGGCUCAGCCUGCUGGACCCGGCGGUGAUGACCCCAUAUCUGCACAGCCUGGGCUGGCAGCGGGUGGACUACAGCCUGCUGCUGGCGCUGUACAGCAGGCUGGUGCUGCCCGUGGCUUUCGCCCUGGCGGUGACUUGUACGGUGGCAUGCUGCAGGAGCCGCUCCGAGGACUGCUCGUACCCCUUCGCCAUCCGCACCUUUGUCUUCGCCAUGCCCCUCAGCAUGGCUUGCCCAGUCAUGAUUGAGAGCCUGCUGUUCGACCUGGGCAGGAAGAACCCCACUCUCUUCGUGCACUUCUACCGCAGGUAUUUCUGGCUGCUGGUCGCAGCCUUCUUCAAUGUCAGCAAAAUACCGGAGAGGAUCCAGCCUGGACUGUUCGACAUUAUAGGACACAGCCACCAGCUGUUCCACAUCUUUACCUUUCUCAGUAUUUAUGACCAGAUGCACUAUGUGGAGCAGGGUCUAGAACAGUUCCUAAAAAACCCCCACACUGCUCCCACCUUUCAGGGGACGGUGGGGUACAUGGUGCUAUUGACAGUGUGCUUGGGGCUUGUAGUAAGAACCUAUCUAAAAGGACUGUCCAACAGCAAACAGGACUAAUGGGAAUUAGGGCUGCCAGGGUGCAAUCAUGGCUGCCAGGGUGCAAUCCUGGAGGGGUGCAUGUAACCAUGUGGGGAAGGCAGGGUGCACUGCUCUUGAAAACAGCUCAUUAAUUCAAUCCGAAUCAUUGCCCAAUGUUUGGAAUUUGCUUAGUCUAUUACAGUAAACUCAUAAGGAUGUUCUUUUUAUAUUGAUGUUUGAUCUUCAAAUUUGGCUAUGAAGUAACCAUACGCAUACCUACAUUUCUGUUUUAAGCUCCACAUUGCACAUUUAGCAAUUUGAAUUGCAAAAUUGCAUAUUAUUUGUUAUUUAACGCUCAUAGCUGAGGAUAGCAGUUGCAGAUAUUUUAAGCUUAUUCUUCAGAUGAAUCACACAAUUCAGCACUCUCUUCCUCAGAGUGUAUCAGCAGUGGUUGCACCUUGGUAGACCUGGUGGGGUGCUAGAAGUGAAUCAUUUAAAGAUGCAUUCACUCCUCCUUCAUGUUACAUAAUAAUAUAUUAAACAGAUAGUUUUUUAGUUUUUUAUUUAUUCAGAUCUUUUAAUAUCCGUAUGCUCUAUGCAUAAAAAGUAUUGCUGUGAAUCUAUAUACAAAGGUGUUUUCUUUGUGAGCUAAAGAUCUGACACAUGUGCAUUGUCUCAGCGCAUAAAACGCACUGAUGCUGAAAGUCUAAAAAAUAAUCUAGAUGAACUGACCUCACACUAUACGGCAAGCAUUAUGUUUACAUUGCAUAAUUUUGUACGCUGACUGCAGCAUUUAGAAGCAUGAAAAUAACAUAAAAAAUACACUCUAGCUCUAUGGCAACACAUUUUAGCGCUUGCAGCGAACACACUUGACUACACUGCUGCAGCAAAGCUUUGAGACACUUUCCUGCGCCCAUCAUGAAUAUGUUUCAAACCAAACACGCCUUGAAUGCAGUGACAAAUUGAACGCUUUAGCAUUUUACCAAGUAGCCCUUCUUUAUGUGCCCUUAAAGCACUUGAAAUGUAUAGGAAAAUCCUGUGUCACAUUCCUGCGUCAAAACAACAUUGAUUGCUAGCGAACAAUGUUCCUGUUUCUAUAUUCUAAUGCAUACAAUCCUGAGAUAAAAGGUUAAACAAAAUUCUUGCAAAUAUUAACCUUAGAGCUUUUAUUUGACAUCCAUAGUAACACACAUGAACUUGAUAAACCUGCAGUCUAUUCUCUAUUGCUGUGAACCCAAAGGUGAAAUGUUUGAAUAUAUCCUUAUAAUGCCUGCUGUAUAUUUCCAGAGGAGUAAAUGCAUCUUCAUCUGCUGUGUGCAAUCCCUAUGGGGCAUUAAUAGUUAAAUUAUAUUAGGAUAUUACAAAUGACAGUGUGGGACACAAACCAGUAACUUAUUUUUUUAUUUCCUGAUGCUUGUAUAAUAUUAAGCUUUGUCCUGUUUUUUUGGGUCAUCUGCUCUGGGAUUAGCUUUUCAGUGUAAACAGUUUGGCAGCUGCAUUAUCUGACUGCUAAUGUUCUCUCUAUACUGUGCAAUACGUAGAUGCCGGAUUCUAAGAAGCAGUAUGGGCUGGAACAAGACAAGUCUUCAAUUAUGCCUGGCCUCUUGUUCUCAUUCAUAAAUAGAUGAUCCUUGCUAGGCCAGCUGCUAUCGCACAAUGUCAUCCUACUGUUAACCUUCACAGUGCUGGACAGAAAAUGUUGUGUAACACUGUAGGGGACACUUAUUUAUUUUAAGCCUUCAAAAUCUGCAUGGAAUUCUACACGCACUUAACACUUUCAGCACCAAAGGGCUUGGCAACACAUUCCACUGCAUUGCUGGCUCCUUUGCAGUGCAGAUAUCAGCUGUAAUAAUUUUAACCCCUUAUGUCCACCACUGGCCUGUGCCUACCACACAUUUUUGUCUGAAUGUAUUUUUGUUUGUUUCUUGUGUAUUUUACCUGCAACAUAACAAUGAGGUGAGGUUGUAUGUCUGUUUUAAAAGUGUAUCUUGGAUUACAGUUACUGAAAAUCCAGUCAGUACAUCAAGAGUUAAACAAGCCAUCAUUUUGAAUGUUAUUGGGUGACGAUAAUGAGGAUAUCUAUAUCAUGUAGUGUAACUAACUAGAAGGCCUUAGACCUUUUUAAAUAAUAAUCAAUUAUUUAAUUUAUAAUGUCUCACUUUCCUUACAUCCAUGGCAAUCUUGGUGCAUUUUUGUUUGUCGGUGUGUGUGUUUGUUUUUAUCAAUGAAAACUACUUCCUGCCAUCAAAUCAAAUACUAUGUUUAGAAUAUGGUUUAGAUGACAAAAACAUGCAAAAAGAUAUUUACACCAACAGAUCCAGAAUAGCAAUAAAUCAACACCUAGCAUAUUGGUGCAUCUGGUGGCAAAAUACAAAGUGUGAUCAUUGCAGUAUAUUUUGGAGUGGAUAUUUUUCAGGGUAGUCAGAGAACACGGUUCUUUUCACUGUUUACAGCUCGGAGUUCAAUCAGUUUUGGACGUGAUCGCUCACAUCAUCGAUUUCUCUUAUAUUCCCUAUGUGCAUUGCAGUUUAUGUUCCUUAAAAUAAAAAUGCAAAUAGUUUGUAUAUAUGAUGGAAAUGCUACACACAAGUCCAAAUAUCAAAUGUAUUUUGAACUACUGCAUGCAGACCAAACAGUGAAAAAGAAACAGACGAUCACUGGAUUAAAAGGCAUUUUAGGACACAUAGUUAUUAACAGGACACACAGUUAUUAACAGGGAUUGUGCCAGUGCCUUAUAACGUCAAUCGUUAAGCUCACACUGUGGAAGCUGGUCUUGUAUUGAUCAUGCAGUAGUUGUCCAUUGUGGACUGCAGAAUAAAUUAUAUUGUAGUCAUCUCACUACUGCAGUGCCUUUGCUAUGUAACAUAACACACAAGGGGGUUCAGCAUGCUUUUAUUCUGAUGGAACAACAGCCUGCAUUAUAGCAAACACCAGAGUAACAGAUUACUGCUGACCUCCAAAUGUGUAUGAUCGGCAGAAUCCUGGAUCAAUACUAGCUGGUGCAAAGGUUCAGCCUGCCCUGACAAAGAAGUGUCAGCUGUUCAUAUUAAACCAAAAGCCAUGAAUUUGUGCAAAUACUUAAUGCAAUUUUAUUUUGCACUUAAAGUUGAUUUAACAUUAUGUUGCUGCAAUAUUAUGGUGUAAGGUAUGUCUUAAAGUUGAGCUGCUCUUGCACAAUACCAAAUUAUUGAUUUCUAAAGUAGUAAGAAUAUUGUCUAAUUCAUUGCGUGCUAAAAAAAAAAAAAGGAACACUUGUUAUUAUCAUUCUAUUUCUCUCCAGUACUUUACAGAGGUAGGGAUCAUCUGACUUUUGUUAACUUUCAAAUCACUCUCCCUUUUUACCCCCCCACAUAGUCUUUUACCUUGGGGGGAUCCACUAUUACAGUACCCAGUGAUGGUGGAGACAAUCCCUGCUGUAUCUUUAAGUGAAUGCCACUAUAUGUGAAAGUCUGAGCAUGGUAAAUUAUUCAUGCACAGAUUCUCAUUCAUACUGUAUAUUGUGACAGUUACAUAAUACAGCUCCUGGAAAUUUCCAGCAUAUAGAUACCCAAAGGGAGCCUCUAUCUAUUACAGGAAGCUUUCCAAAACUGGACAUUUCAGACUACUAGAAUUGUUAGUAAAUCUGCCUCUUUCCUCUCACUUAGAGGCCUAUGUGUCAAACUUUUUUUCUAUAAAAUUAGGUAGAAAUUGAGGUUUUUGCAUAAUUUUAUGGUUUGUGGCUAUGUACUAAUAGCAUAAUGCAGAAGAUUUCACAGAAAUCUCUUGCACAGUUCUUAUUAAUAAUACAGAUCCCAGUCCUCGUUAUUAUCAAUUGGGAACUACGUUCUGGCCCCUGUGUACUAAAGCCUGAAAAGCAAAGCUUUUAAGAGUUUGGCCACAUAAGUUUACAUCAUCUUCAGAUGGUAUAAACUCAUUUUUACCUCUGGAGGCAUGGUAGCAGGUGAGAGAUCUUACAAUCUCCCUCCCGCAGCCUCUAUUCGGUGCCGGCCCUGAUCCCGGAAACUGACAAUGUGCAAAUACGCAAUGUCAGAUUCCCCCGGAGGAGUGUUUUACAAAUGUGAAAAACUCCUCCAAAAUGUCAGGGAAGUAACACGCAGGGACAGAGGUUAUUGCUACUGCUGUCCCUGCCGAUUUCCCUGAGUACAUAGCGGGGAUCUUUUCAUUAAUAAUGAAAAUAUCCACCAGUAUAUAGAGUGUUAAUGAUCAUGGCAGUUCCACGAUCAUUAAUACAUAUGCCUCUUAAAUCCAAUUUUUUUCCAUUGAUAUAGAUAGCAGGGGGAAGAAUAAAAUCUAACUUAAAAGUGAGCAAGUCAGGCAUGCUAUACAUGCAGUUUACUGUGCACCUUUGAAAUGUAAAAUACAUUUUUUAAAUUUUUCUGUUGCAUGUCAGAUGCGUGUUGAGAAAAACGUUGCCUCCAGAAAAUACCUUCUUUUUCACCAAGUAGUAUCUUAUUUAUUAAAUAGUUUGAGGUGGCUGGACAUGUAUGUCCUUGCUUGAUACUGUCCAGGUCUGUAAUAUAAAGAUGUUUUGUUAACUCUGUGUUGAAUGUCUAGAACCUAUAUUGCUCUGGCUGUAUAGUGGAUACAAAAUCUUAUGUAUGUAUUUGGAAAGUGAAUGCCACCUCAUUUCAUAUAGGCUCUUUUUAUACAAACUUUUGCUAAUUUAUUUUGAAAUGUAAAUUUUAGAAUAGUUGGUUACAUUAAAGAGAAUGCACAAUG